AUGGAGUACGAGAAACACUUCAUUCCUCUGGAAUCCGAUCCUCAAAUAUUCACGAGUUUGAUGCACAACCUGGGUGUUCCUCAGUUUUACAAAUUCAUUGAUAUUUGGUCUCUGGAAACAGAUCAAUUAGAGAACAUUCGUUUUAAUAUCCGAAAUCCUGUCGAAGCCUUGAUCCUUAUCCUGCCAGACUGUCCUGCGUAUGCAGAGCAGAGAAUCGAACAUAGCAUUUCGAAAGAAGACAUUCUUUGGCUGAAGCAGACUAUAAACAAUGCCUGCGGACUUUAUGCCAUCCUGCAUUGCAUUUGCAACACUUUGGACACUAGGAAACUUGAUCCAGGCUCCUUCAUCGAUGGUCUUAUGAAGGAGAUAUCAGCCGAACCCGCCAUAUAUCUGCAAAAUUCGCCUGACCUGGAUUUAAUCUAUCGCAAUGCCGCUUUGAGUGGCUCUUCAGAGCCUCCUGCCGCUGAGACUGAAAUCGACCAUCAUUAUAUAUGCCUGGUCAGGCGUUCAGGUUGUCUCUAUGAAUUGGAUGGGGACAGAACCGGGCCAAUAUACCGAGGUAGCGUGAACGAUGAUGAGGACACAUUGUCAGAAUUGGGCUGCAAUAUUCUCAAAAUGUAUAUGAACAACUGCCCCGAGGGAAGCUUCAGUCUGCUAGCUCUGGUGAAUUCUAGCUAG